GCUGCCUGCUUUGUAUGUUAGAGGAUGUCUGACAAAGCAGUAUCUCCCACAGAAAAUCAAAAAGAUGAACCUUCGAUACAACACACUGCCACUGAACAUGUUGGAUUAUCGGAUGAGAAGAAAAAAAUUGAUGUGCUGUUGAAGGCGGUCGGUGACACACCCAUCAUGAAGACAAAAAAAUGGACUGUGGAGAGAGGCAGGACUGUACAGUCUCUCUCACAGUUCAUCUCACGAUUCCUCAAACUGGAGCCUAGCGAACAAUUGUUCAUUUAUGUCAAUCAGUCUUUUUCUCCAUCACCAGACCAAGAAGUCGGUGUACUUUUUGAGUGUUUUGGAAGUGAUGGGAAACUAGUUCUCCAUUACUGCAAGUCCCAGGCCUGGGGAUGACCGUGCAGCCUGUGUAUCUCUCUCUCUCUCUCUCUCUCUCUCUCUCUCUCUCUCUCUCUCGCUCUCUCUCUCUCUCUCUCAUUUAUACACUUGCACACAUACAGAAACACUCGCCUUUUCACAUCAUCAUAGUUUAUGUAACUUAUUG